AUGCCUCCACCAGCCAUGAGUCCGAAGGACCAAGCCGCGGAGCGGGAAUACAUCUCAAAUUGUGCUUUUCUCCACCAACUAUCAGCUGACAAUAAAAACAUAGACCGCCGAAUCAUCGCCAGAGCCGAUGAGUACCGAAAAAUGCAAAAGAAUGCUCGGUAUCUGACGAAAUACCGCUUUUCAACGAUGAAAAGGUUGCUGGAUGAGCUAGCAGCUCUUCUUGUAUCUGAUUCUGAUGAAGCUAUUGCAAUCGCUGUAGCUCGGCUAACUAAAGACAAGAUACAAUUAAUAGCGACUAUUAAUUCAUCAGAAGAUGGUGGUGUCGUGAGCCCAGUUAACGAAAACGAAUUUCCUCAAGGAUAUUCUGAAUGGCGAGCUGCCCGCGUAGAACGGCAUUCAGCUACCAUCUUCCGAUUAGCUCAUGAGUACCUUGCAGCACCUGAUCUCAAUGCACAAGCGGAUAUUGAAAGCCAGUUUCGUAUCACUCAGGUUAAGCACAGCCUACUGGAAAUAUCAGAUCUCUUUGAUCGUCUCCAGGGAUCUUUAGAUGAUGUCCAGCUACUCAAAGAGGAAUUCUUUACACCCGAAGCCCUGGCAGACCUUCAGCCAUGUAGUCUAGAAAGAUACUUUGUCGAUGAGUUUCCCGCUUCUGAGUCUUCACAAGACGAUCAACUAGCUAGUAGACUUAUUUAUGUCUGCCUGGAAUCUCUAAAUUCCUCUGAGAGCGUUAAAGCGCGACUCAAAUCAAAAAAAAAGGUAGAACUCCGCGUACUCACUGCGGAGAAUCUUUACAUCUGGCACGAGCUUUUCACCUGUGCCUUCACCAACGCUAGGCUCGCAUUAAUAAAAGUCCACGAGUUGAGGGCUGAUGGAAAAGAAGAAGAGCUUACUAACAUGCUACGCGUUUUCUGCGUUUACCUGGAUUACAUCGACGCAUUUACCAAUAAAUCGAAGAUCUUCCGAGAAUAUGCCGGAAUCGUCAUGAAGCAUGCGGUUUAUGCCCGGCAAAUCUUGGAGCUACAACUCAAUGGUUUCGACCUAGAGGUUGUAUUGCCCCUUGGGGCUUCAACCGUGCGAAUUAAAAAGUACAAUCGCGAGAGCCAGAAUUCAAAGGAAAAGCCUCUUACGGUUGGAAAGAAAGCCCGAAAAGCCUUGCAGCAAAUGUUUUCGAAUUCCAAAUCGAUCUUAUCAGCCUUUCGACAUAAAACUAGCAAACCCGAACCUCAGGACAAUGAUCAGCACAAAGAAGAAAUGGUGGAAUUCAAGACCAACCGUAAUAAAGGAAAGAAAUCCAAAUUCAAAACAGGGAAUGAGCUCUUUCAGAGCUGCUCCCUCAUCUCUACAACUUAUCGGCGAUCGGACGAAUUUCUUCGCUACGUCAUCGACGCCGAGCAGUUAACUCAAAGAGAAACAAUUUUGAAAGUAAUCCGUGUCAAACAGCACCCACCGGGGAGGCGACCAGGGGAGAAACUUGAAAGUUGCCUUCAUAGGUUUCUCCAUGUCAACCAUUUGACAAAAGAUGAGAUUUCUGCGAGGGUUAAAAGUUUUCUUAGCUUCUUCCACGUCAUGAUACCCAGCCCAAAUCGAUGCCGACGCCUACUAUCAAACCUGAAUGAUGACAACCCCACGUUCCCAAUUUUCUAUCAUCCGGAGCUCGUUUUACUCGCGUAUCUUGGGCCAUCUCCGCAGUUAGCCUACCCAUAUAUUGGGGUUUCCCGCCCGCCUUGCAUGGUUUGCGAGCACCUUCUCAUUCAGCAACGAACUCUCGAGGUACGCGAAGGGUCUGGCAAAGUUUAUGCUGUGACCGUACCUGGAAGAAUCCCACAAAAAGACAAGGAUUUCAUCCACGAUGAUGUUAAGGAUUUAACCGCUAGGAUAGUCAAUGAUAUCCAGACUACCCAGCGUAAUCGCGCCGAAGAAUAUCAGCAAGACCCGCAAUUUGAGUUCCACACAGCUUUUCCUGGGGAUGAAUUGGAAAACUUUCCUACUGAUUCGAGAGUUGAGGAUAUUGAGGAUGAGAAGGGGGAGGCCGAGGAGUGA